UCACUAAGUGGUAUUUAAGAGGCAGCGUCACAGGUGAUCAAAGAGAAGUGGAGGAACUGAAGCAUAGAAUAACUAUCGGACCACUGAUACAACAGCGGAUUACUAUUCAACGUGUAUAGCCUAAUAUAGCUGCUCAAGGACUGACUCUUCUUAUUACCUCUAGACAUCUUCCAGAAUGGAGGGAAAAGUUUUUAUUAUAAUGUGCAUUUUCAGUGUCCAAAGUAUAUCCUUGAUAAUCAUAUCACUAUCACCUGUUAGUACAACUGACACCCCAUCAACAACUACAAUAACAGAAGUGCCCUCAUCAACCCCUACAACUGUCGCUGAAUCAUCCACCACUACUGCAGGAGUUACCACAACAGCACCAUCAACUACUGUUACAACAACUGCACCCCCCACAACAUCUAUAACAACAGCAGCACCCUCAACAACCACUACAGCUCAUACUGAAUCAUCCACCACUACUGCAGGAGUUACCACAACAGCACCAUCAACUACUGUUACAACAACGGCAUCCCCCACACCAUCUACAACAACAGCAGCACCCUCAACAACCACUACAGCUCAUACUGAAUCAUCCACCACUACUGCAGGAGAUACCACAACAGCACCAUCAACUACUGUUACAACCACGGCAUCCCCCACAACAUCUACAACAACAGCAGCGCCCACAACAACCACUACAGCUCAUACUGAAUCAUCCACCACUACUGCAGGAGUUACCACAACAGCACCAUCAACUACUGCAUCCCCCACACCAUCUACAACAACAGCAGCACCCUCAACAACCACUACAGCUCAUACUGAAUCAUCCAGCACUACUGCAGGAGAUACCACAACAGCACCAUCAACUACUGUUACAACAACGGCAUCCCUCACAACAUCUACAACAACAGCAGCACCCUCAACAACCACUACAGCUCAUACUGAAUCAUCCAGCACUACUGCAGGAGUUACCACAACAGCACCAUCAACUACUGUUACAACAACGGCAUCCCCCACAACAUCUACAACAACAGCAGCGCCCACAACAACCACUACAGCUCAUACUGAAUCAUCCACCACUACUGCAGGAGAUACCACAACAGCACCAUCAACUACUGCAUCCCCCACAUCAUCUACAACAACAGCAGCUCCCUCAACAACCACUACAGCUCAUACUGAAUCAUCCAGCACUACUGCAGGAGAUACCACAACAGCACCAUCAACUACUGUUACAACGACUGCAUCCCCCACAACAUCUACAACAACAGCAGCGCCCUCAACAACCACUACAGCUCAUACUGAAUCAUCCACCACUUCUGCAGGAGUUACCACAACAGCACCAUCAACUACUUUUACAACAAUUGCAUCCUCCACAACAUCUACAACAACAGCAGCACCAUCAACAACCACUGCAACUGUUAUUGAUUCAUCCACCACUACUGCAGGAGUUACAACACACCAUCAACAUCACCAUCAUCUACAACAACAGUGUUUCAACAACCACUACAGCUCAUACUGA